UGUUCCUGCUCUGGUGGCCGAAAUUUACCCAAACUGUACGUUGGUGUAUUCCAGGUAGUAAAAUACGCUCAUGGCAUAUCUUCGCAGCGUAUCACCGAAACAUGGAAUGUUUCCUCGAAAUCACCUUACUUUUCCGAGGUUUUCGACUUGCCAACCAACAACAACCACACUGGAACUACCUCGGAGAACCUCAAGCCAGAACCCAAUGCUCGGAUCUCGACCAAACGCACACGGUGAGGCCAAAAGAGCACAGCGCGGCAACCAGCAUGAAAAUGAGCAGUCACCUGAGAUCACAACUCCUGCUGAGCCGCAUCCUAUCCCUCCCGUGGAAACCUCCGUCCCACGCGGCGGUCACGUCAGGCCAGAGAGGAGAGCUUCCCCUCGCACGUGCUCGCCGGGCAUACCUGACCGCCAGCUACCUAUGGGCAAACGACUUGAUACUAUCGGCCGGGAUGCAUGAGAAUCUCCGGGGGAAGGGCUCGGGCUCAUGGUUACACGCGGCUGUGAUAUCCUCUAACGGAAAUAAAGGUACUCAGCUACGAGCUCCUACCCUUUUCUGGGACAAAGCGACAGACUCGGCCGUUUCAUCACCAUCAAUCCCGCAAUCACCACCCAUGAGGAAGGGCUCGGUAUCACUCCCAAAACAGACCAUCAAACAUCUGGAACUUCUCCACGGUGGGCACAUGACUCUAUUCAGAGCAGCUGUGCCUCACUCCGUUAUCCCGUUGUCCCGUUUCUAGGCGAGCCAGGCGUGCCAGGGUUAUGUGCUAUGCCCCCGCGGGGGUGCGGAACGACUGUGACGCGGGGCGGGCC